AUGAAUUCAGGACGUGAGCGGAAACAAGAACAACUUCGUUUUCGGCUCAGAUACAUCCGUUUUGAAACAUGUUCCCAAGCACGUCACUUUUCGAUUUGUAUACAACCGCCUGACUAUAACUACUUUCGUGAUCGCAAGUACAUCUAUAAAUUCAAAGCCGCGCCUCGACAGCAGGAUCCAGUCCUGAAACUCAUCCGUCAAGCUAUCCACAAGCUUAAUGAGUCUUCUGAACACGGCCUACUGAUGUGCAACGCCAACAUCAAGGCAGUCCCUUCUACAUCUGCUCCUCCCCUCUGGCCUCUAAACGGCGACCCAGACACAGUCAAGUUUUAUACCUUUUUUCAGGACGAGCAGGAAUUUCCAGCCACGGUGCCCAUUUCUCUGAUUCCAAAGAGCGGCCCUCUCACGGCCGAUAAACUUCACGUCCGACGGGCGGGAAUCUGGGUGCCCCUCUCGACCUGGCUUGUCGGCCUCGCUGACCCCAAUCUCAUGCGGAUUCGGGGAAUCGAUUCUUCAAAUUACUUUUGGCGUAAGCGAAGCAAGGCAACUUUUCGUCUCCUCGAUCUCCCUGCUGAGAUUCGCCUUAUGAUCUUUGAGCUGGCUUUUGGUCCCUCGAAGAGUAUAUACCCUCUCACUCGAGAUUGCACUUCGCUGUCUGGCCAGCAGACACGGUACACUUUAUGCCAGGACUUUUCCAGCCAGCCCAUCAUGCUGGGAUUUGGCUAUAAGAUAGGAAACCGGGUUCGCGACCCCAUGCUUGAAGCUCUUGAGGGCACUAUUGAGGGGCCAGGCGACAGAUUCAAGAUGCCGGAGACGUACGAAGCUGGCAAGAAUGUCCCUGAGCCCCCACUCGCACUGCUAUGCGUAAGUAAGCAGGUGAAUGCUGAGGCGCUGCAGGCAGCAUGGGAAGCUACAUCAAAGUGUUUUCUCGAGUACUGGAUCUUCAUUGCCGUUGCAUCGUCCCGGGUCGGCGUAGCCAUACGCUACAACGUCCUCGGACGCAUAGAACUCGGCUUCACACCAAAAUCCUGGUUCAAUUUCUUGGGCGUAGGCAUCGAGCCCACCAUGCACACCAAACCGCAGGAGUCUCUGGUACACCACCUUGCUAUCCUGCCAUCGAGGACGGACCUAUGCAUCCGCUUUCGCGACCCAAACGAUGGCUGGGCAGCGGAUCCAUGGGCCAGCAGCAUCGAGUUGAAGACAGGCCGCGAGAAUCAACACACUACGUGUCAAACUGUGCUGGUGGAUUGGAUUUUAACGUUUGCCUUUGAUCACAUCAAGCACAUGCGCGUACGCAUAGGGGGUCAUGCGCGUCUUCCGCAGAGGAAGUCAUGGGAGAAUAUCUUCCUAGCUGCACGGACGGGUAGAAGCCAUGGACAUGAUAACGGGGCAGCCCUGGACGCCAUCUUCGCGCUUCAGAGUCACGAGCUACCACCUCCAUGCAUCUGUCCCAAAUCAUGCUUCUGCGAAUUUCGAACUCGCACCCAUCAUUGUCAUAUACGGUUUCACAGGAGUUCGAAUUUCGACUUUGAAGACGGUUCCUUGCCUGAGGAUAGACUUUGGACUGCUGAGGACGUACCUUGGCUGGAUGAGGGGGGGUUGGAUCACGAAGGUCCGUCAGUAGAGGAAGGAUCUUGGUUUAAUCCUGGGACUCCGUUAUCUGAGGAGGCCGCUUGGCCCAAGUCUCAAACCGGCCAGAUGUCCAAUACUCGUCAUCUCGGUACAGGCCAAGUCGACGUGGUUCAAGUCCGUCCUGGCGGGAAAUGGAAUACCUCAGUCAAUUAG